AUGCAUUACGCUUUCAACGACUCGCUCCUUGCCAUGAGCCCUUGGGUCACUCAGAACAUCGCUAGUGUCGUCUUCAUCCUCGUCUUUGUGAGCGCCGUCUCUGGAUACCUCGCUGCUCGUCACCUGCACGCUCCGAAGCCACAUCCUCGCCGGGCAAGAGGCAAAAGCAAUCGCAAAUCUUCCGCCUCCAGACUCCCAUCCAUCAACGCUGGCCAUAAGACAGAUCGUGUAUCGUACUUCAGAUUUCUACCCUCGUUCAUCACUGGCGCAAACACACGCAAAGUCGCCCAAGGCAAACCUAUCAAGACGGAGCGGCUUUCAAAAUCAAUGUCUCCGCCUGUCUGGACAAUCAUACGAGAUCCGACGAUCCCUGACUCUCCGUCAGAUUCAGACAUCGAUGCACGCUACGACUCACGCUACGACUCAGAACCCAUGUCAAGUCACGCAGACCAGUCGGAAUCAGAACGAGAAGGUAAAUGGUCCUUCCACAAAGGCGAGGUGAUCGAAAUCAAGGACGACAGUCCGCCCGCCAGAUCUUCCAACAGGCCACCCCGCACUCAAGGCGCCUUCGGUAUCCAAGAUGUCUUACUGCAGUAUCAGAAGACAAAGAGUCGAGCAUGCAAUGCAAUGCUGUUCAUUGUUCUCCACCUCAUCGAGGCUGCUCUCCUCAACAUCAAGCAAGAUUACGUCCACGCCAGCAUCUACCUACCUACCAACCAUUCAACCACGUCCAUUCUCCUCUGCAGCCUCACCUUCGGCCUGAAUCGCCUCUUUUGGGCGUCCAUCCUCGCCUUCGUCGCCUACACGCUACUAGACCGCGCCCUUCGUCGACCGUACGAAUCCUCCCAGAGCCUGAUCUGCAGAAAUUUGGCCCUCCUCCUCGCCAAAUACACCUUUCUACUCGCCUUUGCAUCGGCCAUCUCAAUCGGCGACGAUUACAUGCUCGCCAAAUGCACGACUGCGGAGCUUCUACUCAGCAACAUUCUGCUGAUCUUGGUCUCCGUUCUUGCUGUCAGGACUACAGAUGCUGAGCGGCAGGCGCUUGCCGCGAUGAUACACCGCAUCAACGUCGGACUUGGACAGGGCAUUCAGCACAUGUGGAUCGUAUUGAAAGCACAACUCAACAGCUUGAUGGGUAUACUGGGUACCGGACUCCUGAUCUCGUGCUUUAUCAGUGGCGCAUGA